AUGGCAGAGAAGUCUGAACCAGGCACUGUUUGCAUACCUCUGGAAGAGAACAUGUGUAAUGGCACACAGACACAGGAGGUUCCCUUGCUAACACACCUGAAGAAGGUAGAGAACCACAUCACUGAGGCACAACGAUUCUCCCAUCUCCCCAAGCGCUCAUCCGUGGAUCUAGAGUUCAAAAAUCUGUCCUACACAAUCAGUGAGGGGCCGUGCUGGAGGAAACAAGGUUACAAGGCCCUGCUGAAAUGUUUAUCUGGGAAAUUUUGUAGUCGGGAGUUGAUUGGAAUCAUGGGACCUUCAGGUGCUGGAAAGUCCACCCUCAUGAAUAUUCUGGCAGGGUACAGGGAAACAGGUAUGACAGGACAAGUUCUGGUAAACGGGAAGCCCAGAGAACUACGCACUUUUCGUAAGAUGUCCUGUUACAUUAUGCAAGAGGACAAGCUCCUACCCCACCUCACUGUUCGAGAGGCUAUGAUGGUCUCUGCCAACCUUAAACUCAACGACAAUAUGGAAGUGAAAAAAGAGCUGGUAAAUGAAAUUCUGACUGCUUUGGGACUACAGGAGUGUGCCCAUACUCGCACUAUCUCUCUGUCUGGAGGGCAGUGCAAAAGGCUGGCCAUUGCCCUAGAGCUAGUGAACAAUCCCCCUGUCAUGUUCUUUGAUGAGCCCACUAGUGGCCUGGACAGUGUAUCCUGUUUUCAAGUGGUUUCAUUAAUGAAAUCUUUGGCUCAGGGAGGUCGCACCAUCAUUUGCACCAUUCACCAGCCUAGUGCCAAGCUUUUUGAGAUGUUUGAUAAGCUGUAUAUCCUGAGUCAGGGCCAAUGCAUAUACAAGGGGACUGUCCCUUACCUUAUUCCUUACCUAAAGGGACUGGGUCUUCACUGCCCCACAUACCACAACCCUGCAGAUUUCAUCAUUGAAGUAGCCUCUGGGGAGUACGGAGACUUGAACCCUGUUUUAUUUGAAGCUGUACAGGGAGGAAUGUGUGCUAUCGAGGAGAAGACAAACUGCUCCCCUAGCCAGUCUCCUCGCAUUUACUUUAAUUUUGUUUCUCCAUGUUUGGUUUCACAGGACUCGGGUCAUGUGGAAAGUCAUACAUUUGCAACCAGCUCUCUGACUCAGUUUUGCAUUCUCUUCAGAAGAACGUUUAUCACUAUAUGCAGAGACACGGUUCUGACACACUUACGGUUGAUGUCACACAUCUCUAUUGGAGUGCUUAUUGGCCUGCUUUACCUUAACAUUGGAAAUGAUGCCAGCAAAGUCUUCAACAACACUGGAUUUCUCUUCUUCUCCAUGCUCUUCCUCAUGUUUGGAGCUCUCAUGCCCACAGUACUCACAUUUCCCCUGGAGAUGUCUGUGUUUCUGAGGGAACAUCUGAACUACUGGUACAGCCUGAAGGCCUACUAUCUGGCUAAGACAAUGGCUGACAUUCCAUUCCAGGUCAUUUGCCCCAUUAUGUAUUGUAGUAUUGUUUACUGGAUGACUGAACAGCCUCCAGAGGCUAGUCGCUACUUGCUCUUCAUGGCUUUAUCAACCUCAACAGCUCUAGUGGCCCAGUCUCUGGGACUCCUAGUUGGUGCUGCCUCCACCUCCCUUCAGGUGGCCACAUUUGUUGGGCCCGUCACAGCUAUUCCAGUCCUCCUCUUCUCUGGCUUCUUUGUCAACUUUGACACCAUUCCAAAGUACUUGCAAUGGAGCUCCUAUGUGUCCUAUGUUAGGUACGGCUUUGAAGGGGUAAUCCUUUCCAUUUAUGGGAUGAACCGCUCAGAAUUAGAAUGUCCAGGGAAGGUGUGUAAGUUCCAGAAACCAGAGGAAGUUCUACAGUUACUGGAUGUGGAGGACGCUAAGCUCUAUAUGGACUUCAUUGUGCUGGGCAUUUUCUUCCUGACCCUGCGUCUGGCCACCUACUUGGUCUUGCGCUACAAAGUCAAAUCUCAGCGAUAA